AUGGCCAAGUCGAAGAACCACACGGCGCAUAACCAGUCGUUCAAGGCCCAUAGAAAUGGCAUCAAGAAGCCCCGCAGGCACAGAAAAACCUCCACCAAAGGGGUACGACGUCCAUAUCAUCAUCCUUCAUCACGUUCUCCCCGACAUAUGGAUAUAUAUUAUUCGGCGUUUAAUUUUUCGUGAUCCGUGUAGUUACGGGCUUCUUUAUGCCGAGUUUUUUCGAUCUAUGUAGUUACCAAUUUCUUCUGCCUUCGUUAUGGCGAGUUCUUCGUUACGGGCUUCUUCGGCUGUUUUUUUUCCGUAAUUUCCUCGAUUUUAUGAGGCUGGUAGGUUAGGUUCCUUCGAUCCAUGUGGUUUUGUAUUUUUCGCUUUGAUUUCUGUUUUAAAGUCAUCAUCUGCGCUGGAAUCUCUUCGGAUUUAGUCGGAAAUAACAUGUGGAGUGUGCGCAUCCCGAAUCAUAUCAGAUGGACCCAACUUAUGCAUAUAUUCUAUAGUAAUCGAUAAUUUGUGAUCCGUAUGUCUUUUAUGUUCUUCGAUCUAUUAAGUUACCGAUUUCUUCUUCCUGAUCUAGAGCUGUUUUCUUCCGUGAAUUCCCCGAUUUUUGCGGUGGACAGGUUAAUGUGUUUCGAACCACGUGAUUUCUAUUUUUUUGCUUUGAUUUCUGUUUUAAAUGCAUCAUCUGUGCGGGAAUCUCUUACCGUUUCAUCGGAAAUAACGUGUGCAUUGUGUGCAUCCCGAUUCGUAUCAGAUGGACCCGAAGUUCCUGAGGAACCAGAGGUACGCCAGGAAGCACAACAAGAAGAACGGCGAACUAGCGACAGAGGAAGAGGAGUAG